GACAAAGAUCCGCUCUGUCAGUCGCUCUAGUAUCACAAGUGCUCAUAAACCUAGUCCAGCAAAGGGAUUUCUGCUCCGAACGCAUGAACGACUAGAUUCGUACCAUACGCCAAAGAUCCUAAUACCCACAUUCGUCCAACUCUUUUUAGAUCAUUAGUCAAAACACAAGAGAGAGUUUUAUUAUUUAGUGGAGAACGUUUCACCAGCCCUUGAGGAACCAAGACAUGGAAAAGUAAUCAUCCGGACUGGUUUGAAAGCAUCUUAUUCUAAGAAAUGGAUCGGCAUCUUUCCAAAAAUGAGCGAAAAAAUAUGGAUGCUUGCUUGAGGCGAUUGAAGCAAGAACUGUUGUCCAUGCGUGAGGCUGGAGAUGGCCUCCAUGCUCAGAUGAACUCCAUGAUGGGGGCGUUACAGGAGCUCAAACUCCUCCAGGUGCAGACCGCCCUUGAGCGCCUGGAGAUCUCCGGCAGACCCCCGGUCAGACCGACCCCUGCUGCCGCUGUCGCUGCCGAAACAUCUGCCCCACCACUCGCACCCGAACCUCAGGCCCAGCCCUGCCACCCGGACCCCCAGGAGGACCCCAGCCCUCCCGCACUGCGCCCACCGCCACAGGAGCAUCCGUGGCGGGCUGGCCAUCGCAGCAGCCUGGGGACCUCGCCGUCCUCCUCCAGCCUGGAGAGCGAGGGGCUCCCUGCGUGGAGGGUGUCUGGCUACACUGCCCCCCAGGUGGAUUACUGCGGCCCGCGCUUGGGCUACCUGCCCUCCGAGUGCCCACUGCCACAGUCCCAACACCACCACCACCAGCAGCAGUACGCCCCCCGGCACUCACGACCCUCGCUGGACCUGCCAGGCAUCCUCUACAGCCUGUCCCGCGAAGGCCCGUCCCUGGACAGCGAGUACUCGCAGGACAGCAUGGACGAGUCCAGCGACUGGACGUCGUCUCUGAUGAGCCGCUCGCGCAACCGCCAGCCGCUGGUGCUCGGCGAUAACGUCUUCGCCGACCUCGUGGGCAACUGGCUGGACCUGCCCGAGCUGGAGAGGGAGGAGGCCGGGGAGGAGGACUUGUUCGAGGAGGAGCGGAGAGGAGGAGGAGGAGGAGGAGGAGGGGAGAGGCCAGACUCGCCGGCGCACCCUCUGCGCCUGAGCCGUUCGCAGGAGAUCUGCCGGCGCUUCUCGCUCACCACCAACAUCUUCAAGAAGUUCCUGCGCAGCGUGCGGCCCGACCGCGACAAGCUGCUCAAGGAGAAGCCCGGCUGGAUGCUGCCCACCGCCGACGCGCCCGACGCCGAGCUCCUCAAGCGGCCCCGCAAGGCGGCCAAGCCCAAGGCCAGCUUCUACCUGCCCUUCUGGGCCUCCUCGCCGCAGGGCAAGGGCCGACCGGCCGCCCCCACCGCAGAAGACCAGGGCCUCCGGGAGCCCCCGCACUCAGGCAUCUUCAUAGACAGGAGACAGGCCGAGUGCCUGGACAAGCCCCUCCAGUCUCCUUACCCCAGGGUCUACCUGGACCGCAGGCAGCCUGAGGCUGUGGAGAGGCUCCAGCCUCUGUUUGACCACAACACAGCCGUGUGGGUGUAGCAUAGUGGAGCAUGGCCAUACAGACUUCUGGAACCUUCCUAAUGAAUGAGAGCAGGAGUUUUUUUUUUUUUUUAACUCUGGACUCCACAAUUCAUGGUUGAUUAUUGGACCUGACUCAAAGCUGCUGUUAGCGAUAAUUGUUUGGAAUACCACAGCUAAACUGUCUCUGCGAAUGAACAGCUACCAUGAAACAUCUAGAUGCUAUCUGAGGCCCUGUAAUCUGAGCCUAAAGAUACACAUGGUGAAUUAACCAAUCCGGAAACUUCCAAAGAGACAGGCAUCCCUGCAGCUGGCCAUCUGUUUUGUCAUAGCACACUGGCAACAGGGGCUAGACUCCUAAUGUGGCUAAGUCUUUCAAAAAUUAGCCGGUCUAGGCUAAUGUCGCUUACAGCACCUUUGGUAAAUGCAUUGCUGACAAUCUGCCUCCAGUAGGUCUUCUUAUAGAUAUGGUUGCACUAUACUCAACGUACUCUCAGUGAAAGUGUCAAUGCUCCGGACCUUUUUUUAUAUGUGAAUGGUGCUCUUAGUACAGUAAUCUUGUCAUUCACAUUCAAAUGUCUGAUAAACCCCAGUGUCAGGUGUGUUCUUUGUAUUUCAUGGAAACACAUUUUCGUUUUGGUCUUACGUAAUGCAGCUCUAUAAGCUUUUCAAAUUGUUUCUGUAUUAGUCCAGCCACCUGCUCACCAAAAAGAACAGUUACAUUAGUAACAGGCAGACAGACUCUGUGUGUGUGUGUGUGUGUGUGUGUGUGUGUGUGUGUGUGAGAGAGAGAGAGAGAGAGAGAGAGAGAGAGAGAGAGAGAGACAGAGUGAGAGGGAGAACUCUUAUUUGUGCCCACAUGCUGAGAUGACCUCAGUCAUCCGUGCCCCGUCCUGAAAGGGGGGGGGGGGGGUUAUGCCCACUCUGGUACCCUGUGCCAUCCCUCAUUGUUAAUACAGAACAGCGCCAGGCAGAGCAGGCUGCAGAGAGUUCCUUUCAGUUGGCCUGGCUCUUCCUGUGCGCAGUGUCUGCUGCUUUGUGUAUGACACAGAGGAGGAGAGCGAGAGAGAGAGGGAUGGUGCCAUCUGGAUGGCUACACUUAUGUAAGUGUUAGACUGGAACACAGAGGAGAUGAUCAGAGAGCAACCGAGGCUGAUUUAAUCAUCUUAAAGCUCUCUGACUGACGCCUGUUUGAAAGGGUAUGCGUGUUUGUGGAACAUGGUACAUUAUGUGUAUAGGGCAGAGCACACAGGCAUGUUUUUGCAUGUGUGUGUGUGUGUGUGUGUGUGUGUGUGUGUGUGUGUGUGUGUGUGUGUGUGUGUGUGUGUGUGUGUGUUUGUGUGUGUAUCAGGGUUCAGAAGCGUAAACCGCUGGCUUUAGGGAUUAAAACACAAAUGCAUGACACUCGCCUUUUCAUAUGUGCAGAGUGGCAACAGUAUGCAAGCCCAUAGAGCAGCAUCCCACUUACAGCACAUCUACAGCCUGUAGCUGGACAACAGCACUUACUGUAGACCAAACAUGUUCAGAAACCAUGGCCAUGGUAAUGUGUCAGCCAAUCCAUACUCCUCUUCCACUGCUUAUGAGGUAAUUAUUGGCCAAUCCAUCUUGACGGCAGCGAAGAUCAGUGGGAGUGUCUCAAGUGUCAAUUAAAAGUUGUGUUAGCGUCAUUAUUGCGUCCAUUCUAUCUGAUGGCUUCACCUUGAGAAUAUUUUUUGAAAGAGCAGCCCUGUAUAUGUGUGUGUGUGUGUGUGUGUGUGUGUGUGUGU